AUGGGUGGUUGGAACGGCAUUUUGAAGGGUUUUUUGAAACAAAAGUUUCUUUUUCAUAUGGGGUUUUGGCAGGUAAGUAAUGGGAUUAACACCUACGUUAGACCAAAGUUAAACAACUUGGGUUUACUGCUUCCGCCAAAUUUUGAUUAUCGAAUAUUGUUUGAUUUGGUCAAAAGUAAGGCUAAUGUGUUCAAUAGUAACAUAUCAUUGUCAUUUCAACACCCGGUUCAUGGGUAUGUGAUGAAUAUUUUAGAUGAAGCAGAUGUUCAUCAACUCAGAUAUGUAAUUUCUGAAAUGAAGGAGAUUGUGCAUUUGUAUUUAGAGGUGUUUCAGGGAUUAGUCAAACAGACAGAAGUUGUUGAGAAAGGUGUAGCAUACAAUGUUGAAAACAUUAUAUCUGAUAAUGUUGAAGAGUGUCCAGAAGAAGAAACUGUGGCACUGAAUACGGUUGAUGAAAUUUUUUAUAUGAGUUUGGAAGACUAA